AUGGAGCCCUCGGGAGAGCAGCUACAAAGAUCCGAGGCUUCUAGCUCUACGUCUUCCGGAGACCCGCCAUCCGUGGAAGAGCUGUCGGUCCCCGAGGCCCUUUGCGUGGAGAGUGGCACCUCUGAGACCCCAAUCCCUGACGCUCAGCUCCAGGACAGGCCCCUGUCGCGGCAGAAAGAGGCAGCUCUCCCGGAACAGGAGGAGCUACAGGAAUAUCGCCGCUCUCGAGUGCGCUCCUUCUCUUUGCCCGCAGACCCCAUCCUGCAGGCGGCCAAGCUCCUGCAGCAGAGGCAGCAGGCGGGGCAGCCCAGCUCAGACGGCGACGAGCCGGUUGGGGACUGCUGCUCCAAGUGUAAGAAGCGCGUGCAGUUCGCCGACUCCCUGGGACUGAGCCUGGCCAGCGUGAAGCACUUCAGCGAGACCGAGGAGCCGCAGGUGCCACCCGCCGUGCUCUCCCGUCUCCACAGCUUCCCGCUGUGCUCCGAGGACCUGCAGCAGCUCGAGGGGCUACUGGCAGUGGCAAAGGUGUCCGCGCCCCUCUUGGCGCCGCAUGCCGGGCUCCGACCCCUCUUUCAACUCCCGGAGCUGGGCGCUGCGGAGGAGCGUCUGCGGCGACAGCGAGUGUGCCUGGAAAGUGUGCAGUGCUCCCAGCCGCCCUGCGCAGAGGUGACCGGCUCUGGCCGGGUGAUCAGUUGCCCCGGACCUAGGGCAGUGGCGGUGCGCUACACUUUUACCGAGUGGCGCACUUUUCUGGACGUGCCGGCCGAGCUGCACCCGAAGUCACUGGAGUCCCUGCACCCCGUAAGGUCGGGGGACUCUCGACCAGGGGCUGAGGGUGGUGAGGAGGAGGCCGGCACCGAGCGUUUCUGCUUUUCGCUGUGCCUGCCCCCGGGUCUGCAGCCCAAAGAAGGGGAGGAUGCUGACGCGUGCGGCGUCGCUAUUCAUUUUGCCAUCUGCUACCGCUGCGAGCAGGGCGAAUACUGGGACAACAACGAGGGGGCCAACUACACCUUGCGCUAUGUGUGCUCCACAGACCCUCUCUGA